AUGACGGCUGGAGAACAUGUGUGCUGCGCUGGAUUUCGUUUGAACAAAAGUACUGAUAAAUGUGAAGAGUGUCCAAUCGGAUUUUAUCAUUGGAAUUGUGCAAAAAAAUGUUCUUAUCCAACCUACGGUAGAGAUUGCCAGAAAAAAUGUGAUUGUAAUGAAAGUCUAUGCAGUUUUUCUUUUGGGUGCAUUAAGUCCGAGUAUCAAACGCAAAUCCAAACCAAAGUAACUCGACUAUUAAAGAAAAAGUCAGAGCGCACACUUCAUUAUGAUGUGGACCUUUCCACAUUCCAAUUUCACUUAAUUACAAAGGGAAUAGACAGUAAAUCUGAAACAAUCACAGGAUCCAGAACAUCAACUGCAAACACAAAGACUUCAAGUCAACAGAAAAAUGUAUUCCCUACUCACAUCUUAUUUAUAAUAAGUUGUUCAAUAGCAGUCUUUGUCGUAUUAUUUGGUGUCUAUGUUGUGAUCACAGUUUAUAGAAAUUGUUUUAUGAAGAAAGAGCCAAUCAAUCAGGUGGAUCAAAAAGCUCCAAACAAAGAUCGCAGGUAUUUUCAAGUUAAAAGAGCAAUUCAGGAACAGCGUGUUGAGCUUCAACAAUUAGGACAGAGCUAUUCGUGCGACGAUUCGAUGUAUUUAUCCCCAUCUUAUUUGACGCCAAUAUCUGAUCGUCAUGACUAUGUUGAAGUUACUGGUUAG